AACAUAAAUUUUAGUUCGGUUAGGUGUUAUUGCAGCUAUUUAUGAUUUCUGACUGAUUAUAUUAAUGAAAUGAACACUUGAUUUCAAAAUGAGAACCCGCAGUAAUUCUGGGGUUCGACUUGAUUAUUAUCAAAGAGUCGUACACAAGCUCAUUUUAAAUCACCAGCAACCUGUUACUGGAUUAUUUCCUGCCAGUCCUCAUAAUGAUCAUGCCUGGAUUCGGGAUAAUUUAUAUUGCAUAUUGGCAGUAUGGGGAUUGUCGAUGGCCUUUAAGAAAAUUGCAGAUCAAGACGAAGACCGCGCUAAAACCUAUGAGUUAGAACAAAGCUGCGUAAAAUUAAUGAGAGGGCUUUUAAUGGCUAUGAUGCAACAAAAAGAUAAGGUAGAAAAGUUUAAAAGUUCACAGAACCCACUAGACUCACUCCAUGCAAAAUAUUCCUCAGCCACGGGGCGUACUGUCGUAAAGGAUAAUGAAUGGGGUCAUCUACAAAUAGAUGCUAUAUCAUUGUACUUGCUAAUCCUGGCCCAAAUGACUGCUUCUGGCCUACAGUGUGUUUUCUCACUUGAUGAAGUUGCAUUUAUACAAAACCUAGUCUUCUACAUUGAAUCAGCAUAUUGUACCCCUGACUAUGGUAUUUGGGAGAGAGGUGAUAAAACUAACCAUGGCCUACCAGAAUUAAAUGCUAGUUCCAUUGGAAUGGCCAAAGCUGCUCUUGAGGCUAUGAAUGAAUUAGAUUUAUUUGGAGCUCGAGGAGGACCCUCAAGCGUAAUACAUGUACUGGCUGAUGAAGCUCAGAAAUGUCAGGCUGUGUUACAGUCAAUGUUGCCAAGAGAAUCCAAUAGUAAAGAACUUGAUUCUGGCUUAUUGUCUAUUAUAAGCUAUCCAGCAUUUGCUGUUGACGAUCCACAGUUAAUAGCGAAGACUAGAGAUACAAUUGUAACUAAACUUCAAGGGAAAUAUGGCUGUAAAAGGUUUCUUAGAGAUGGGCACAAAACACCUAAAGAAGAUCCUAACAGAUUAUACUAUGAGCCAUGGGAGUUAAGAAUGUUUGAGAACAUUGAAUGUGAAUGGCCACUGUUUUUUUGUUACUUAAUUCUUGAUUACUGUUUCCAAGGCGAUAAAGCAAAUGUCAGUGACUACAGUCACAAAUUAGAGAAAAUUAUGAUACGGAAAGAUGAUGGAAUGAAAUUGGUGCCAGAGUUGUAUUCAGUGCCCCCUGAUAAGGCUGAUCAAGAGCAGUGUGACCCUGGCAGUCAGGAUCGCAUACCUUUAGGGAGGUGCCCUUUCAUUUGGGCACAGUCAUUAUAUAUUCUUGGAAAAUUAUUACAAGAGGGAUUCUUAGCUGUAGGUGAAUUAGAUCCCCUUAACAGACGACUUUGUUCAGAAAAAAAGCCAGAUGUAGUUGUUCAGAUAGUAAUAUUGGCAGAAGAUAAUGAAAUCAGGGACAAAUUAUUGGAAUAUGAUUUGCAUGUUCAAACUAUUACUGAAGUUGCACCAAUUGAAGUUCAACCAGCAAGAGUUUUAAGCCACCUUUAUACAUAUUUAGGAAGAAACAAAAAGUUGGGCUUGUCUGGAAGAAAGUCUCGCGAUGUCGGAAUACUUAGUACUAGUAAAUUGUAUUCAUUGAAUGAUCGCAUUUUCGCUUUCACGCCACAGUUUUCUGAUAUGAAGCGUUUCUACAUUGCUUCUGACUAUGAACUGAUGGUUGAUAUACUCAAAGCAGAAAUUAAUUUCUUGAAGUCUUCUUGGCAAAACCUUCUUGGGCGGCCGCUUGUUGUCUUGACAUUGAAUCAAACAUAUUUAGAUCAAGGCAAGAUACCAAUGGCUAUGAUAACAACCAUGAAGAAAUUAAAGUCAGGAUAUAUUAACGGCACUCGGGUGACUCUCGGAAAUCUCGGAGAUUUCCUUAGCACGUCUGCCAUAACAAAUUUGAGUUUCCUGGGCAGCCAAGAGGAUGGUUAUCCUGACAGACUGAAUCCAAAAGUGCAGAGCUACUUAGAAGAGCACCUGCUGAAGUCGUUUAGUAACAAGGUGUCGGUGCUAUCGAAGCCGCCAGCGUCACGCACGCGCUCUCUACGGCGUCGCAUGUCUGUCCGUGGUGCCAUCAAAAAAACACGCUCUAUCAAUGUAGACUCGGAAACCCUUGGAAUGGAAGGCGAGUAUGUGGGCCCACCCGUUGAGAGAAAACCAUCUUGGCUAGAAGUAGACCCUAUGGUAGGGCGCAGUCCAUCGCCAGAUGAUACGAAGAAAAUGAUCUUUACAAAGGACACAUUAAGUAUAACUUCGAAUGCAGGACCAUCAACAAUUGAAAUUAGUAAUGAGGAAAGCCCAUCACCACCUAAAGAAGUGAAUAAGAACAUCCCAACCAUAGUCCGCAACCGAGUUACAUCCGAUAGCCAGAACUUAUACGCUGAGACGGAAACCGACGAACUCAUGGCAAUGCUUCGCGAAACUGAAAGCUUGGAUGAACAGGGAGAUAUCUUGCAAUAUUUGGUAGACACGCAUGGACUUGAUUUCAACACUGGCAUGUUAGAAAACGGUAAAGUGGUGACUGUGAAGGACUUACUAAAAGUUCUUUAUGAAAAAGCAUGCACCCAGAAAUUGUGGGGCUUAGUCAGGCAUACCGCUGGCAUGCUUGGUAAACGUGUGGAGGACCUCGCUAAAGCGGUCACAGAUCUGCUUGUAAGACAGAAACAAAUUACUGUUGGCAUGCCUCCCAACAAUGAGCAUACAAUUACCGCACCACUGCCUGAGAACGAGUUAAGACAGCUUAUACAUCUGGCGUAUGGCGACGACGAGAGUACAGCGAUGUUAACGCAAGAGUUGCUGGUAUAUCUGGCCAUGUUUAUUCGUACUGAACCCCAGCUGUUCCUCGAGAUGUUGCGUCUCAGAGUUGGCCUAAUAAUCCAGGUAAUGGCGACAGAGUUGUCGCGAACAAUGUCAUGUGACGGUGAAGAGGCAUCCGAAUACCUGCUCAAUCUAUCACCGUUUGAAAUGAAGAACUUGCUCUACCAUAUCCUGAGUGGAAAGGAAUUUGCUAUCAAUAGUGUUGGUCGUGGCAAUUUUUCGGUGGUCAGCAACAAAUCCAACAGAUAUGGGAAGAAAUCGCAGAUUGUAUUGGAAGGCCAAUCACUUCAGGGCACCAUUGAAGAUACACCUAUAGUAGAAACUGAUCGUCAAGGACAAUGGCUCCGCCGGCGAAGAUUAGAUGGCGCUCUGAAUAGAGUCCCUCGUGAUUUCUAUCCACGUGUAUGGGGAGUUUUGGAAAAGUGUCAAGGUUUAAUAAUUCAAGGCAAAAUCCUUCAGCCGAACUUGACACAAGAGAUGACUUCUGGUGAAUUGAAAUUUGCUCUAGCAGUUGAAACAGUAUUGAACUCGAUCCCGCAGCCGGAGUACAGACAACUAGUUGUGGAAGCCUUAAUGGUUCUGACGCUUGUGGUGGAAUAUAAAGCAGUUGGCCAUUUGGGCGAAAUGAUCGGUGUCGAAAAUUUAGUGCAUAAAGCUAACCAGAUAUUUCUGGAAGAUCAGAUGCGUUGCAACGGGGACGCUACCCUAUGUUGCGCUAAGGCUCCGUCCGAAGUAGCCGCGAGCGGGCUCCUGGUGUGUGGCGGCGCAGCCGGCGUGUGCCAGCACUUGUACGACAGUGCGCCCAGCGGCAGCUACGGUACCAUGACGUACCUGGCCCGCGCGGUUGCCUCGCUACUCGCCGAACGCAUACCCGACGCCGCACCCGUCCAGUGUGCCAUCACGUGAACACUAAUUUAUAUUACUAUGAUGUCCACGGCUACCUUACACCAUCGCACCGCUCGCCAUCGACAGUUAAUUCAUCACCACACGCUGGAACCUAAGUAGUCUUGGACAGUGCGGUUUCAGAGGAACUUAUUACGGCGUACACUUAAAUUGGGGAAUGAACUGCCUGCCAAAGUUUUUCGAGAGACUACAGCAUGGGGUUUGCCAAGUGUAUAUUAAGGUUUCUUGAGGGUAAGCAACGCUCACGUGGCUUCCCUGGUAUUACAGGCCAUCAUUGGCUAUGGUAAUCGUGUAUAUCAUCAGUUGGACCGAGUCCUUGUUAGUCAUAGUAUAAAAAAAAUAAACUAGUGUUCCAGGCAGUCCAUAGGCUACGGUAACCGUUUCGCAUCAGAUUGGCCGACUGGCUGGUUUGCCACUAUCGUAGUAUAUAAAAAAAGUGACACGAAAUUAAUUAUAUUAGAACUUUCAUAAGGGACAAUUAAUUAAUUUCUUCGCAUUCAUUUUGUGAUUUCUGUCCUCUGUCUCGAGGCAGGACUCGCAAAUGUUAGUGAUUGAAUGAACUGUGACAAGGAACGAUCAUUGUCAGAGUUAGUUAAAUUUGUAAGAUGCCGAAAAUUUUAAAAAUUGAACUGUUUUCGCUAAUAGUUCAAACGUGUUUUGAUUAUUAGAUACAUUACAAUAGAUUUUGAAAUGUGAAGUCUCAAAAUGUAGUACUCUUCUUAGCACUCUCAUGUCACACUUUGUCGGACCCCUACCCUCUCUGAACGUAUAGAUCGCCCUUUACUGAACUCUCGAAGUAUAUAAUAUGUAUGAAAUUGCCCGUAUGAACUAAAGAAGAAUACGUUUUAAUCGUUAUAUAUUACACAUUAUAUUGCGCUUAGUUUAUAAGAUUUUAUUAUUUUUAUAGAUAGUUGUAUUUUGGCUCGUUACUUCUCUUAGGUUAGUCAAUCAUUUAUUUAUUAAUAAUAAUAAUAUAUAUCAUUACAAUUAUGAAAAAUAAUAUCCCCCGUUUAGAACGAACCAACAUAUAAUCAUUACAUAUUAAUAUAAUAAAUAAAUCUUCUAAAAUAGGCUUCAUGUUAAUAACAACAAUUACAUGGUGAAAGUGUUAGGAUCAACUUUAUUUUGAAAGUCUAGUUCACGUAUCUUACGUGUGAUAUGCUUACAUAAUAAUACCAAGAGGUAGAACAUUUUAGUUGUUAGCUUGCUUAUGAUUAUAUUAUUUAUACUAUGUUUCGUCACAAAGUUAAUAACAGAUCAAUAUUUUUAAUAACAUUCUGAUAAUACAAUAUAUUUUCUUAUUGUUAAUAAGAUUAGUGCAUCUUGCUUAAAACUGUACAAUAUUGAAAUAUAAUAAUUCUUGACAUUAUACUAAAUAUAGUCAUUUAACCUUCAUUUCGAUUGUUAUUUUUUAUAAAGAAAUAUAUAAUGUAUAGACCAAUAUUACUUUUAUUCUUGUCCUCUUCCUAUUUCAUAAUUAAUCAACAAGUACAAUGUUAAGGUUGUGUGAAGUCCUAUGUAUUCUCAUUAUCCCGAUGUAUAUUGAGGUUAUUCUAAUUUUAUUUGCAGUACAUAAAUUUUGACAUGAUAUAUUGUUUAAAGUACCUAUGACAUUUUUAUUGUAUUAUCUACAAUGACACUGUCGUGUAGCAUUGAAUGCAGAUUAUUUAGUAGCAUCUUAUAUAAAUAAUGUCAUCAGUAUAAACUUAUUAUUAUUGUCAAGUGUAUCUCCCAUGUAAUAUAAUAUAAACUGUUUAUGAUCUUCUAUACCUUCGGCCGGGCAUCUAAUCUUACUCAUUCUUACUAUUGCAGUCUUGUCUAUUUUUUCCAAAUCUGAUAUUAGUUCCAACAAGCUUUCAUUAGUACGCAAUAA